AUGGCUGCCGCGGGAAUUUCCGGCCGACUAUUCGGCUCUGCAGUCCGAAGCGCACAAGAAAGACCAAGCCGCGGUGGCAAGGGUGUGCGAGCGGUGAUACCCACGAGACCUACGAGACCAGAGCCAGCGGUCGAUGGAACUGUCCGAGGCCGAGGAUCUCGCAUGUACGGAGGUUCGAUGGGAAGUCCAGCAAGCGGAGGCUCCUUCAGCCUCAGUGGCGGCAGUUUCUCUGCAGGUAGCAAUCCAAGAGCGUCUGCAUUCGCUCGAGCGUUUGACGUGGAGGAGCAGGCGCCCGGUCCUAUUCGGCAAGUUCGCGGUAGGCGUGAUGGUCCUUACGAGCUCUUGGUCGAGGCCGAUGCCGACUACAACGGCUUUCCAAGAUACUCGCAGUACGACUGGGACGAGCCAGAUUGGGAACACGACCAGUUUGAGGGACCUCAGACAGUGGGCUCUGCGAUCUUCGUGCGGAACCUUCCGCCUGGUGUGGAAGGGCACCAGCUGAAGCACCUCUUUGAAGAGGCUGGGCAGAUAGCCAACAUCCAGGUGGAUCAAGGCCCGCUGCCUACGGCGACCAUUGGCUAUGUACGACAGGGAGUAGCCUUCGACGCCGCGGAGAUGUUCCACGGUCGAUGGCUGUUGGGACAGGAGCUGAAGGUAACCAUCAAAAGUGGCGACAUGAUGUCCACAUCAGCACGAAAAGUCGAUGACGACUUCUGGCGCGAUGAGCUGCGCGAGAUGCGACAAAAGGGUCAGCUAAUGCGAAAUGAUCCAUGGUUAAUGAUGCAGUUCGCCGGACAGGAGGCCGGAUGGGCAGACUGGACACCACCUGGAAAAGGAAAGGGAAAGAAGGGAUACCGGAAAGGUGGUGCCUUGAUGGGCAAAGGUGAGCAGGUCCGGCGCCUCGAUCUCGAGGAUGUGGAGGUUUUCAUGUCGCUGCAGGACGUGACAUGCUUGGUUUGCCCCAGGGAGAUCCUGGAGAAGCCCGGAGGUCGACGGCAGCAAGUUGUGAGCAUUGUCAAGCAGGAGCAUCGCUACUACCGUGACCUGUACAUUCUGGUUGCGAGAGAGGACGGACGUGAGGCAGGGUACGUCAUGUACCAAGUGCAUAAGGGGAAGAGGAAGGAUCCCGUGCCGUCGGCGUACGUCGAGGUCAAGCAGAUUUUUGUUGAGCCCGAGCUGCGCAAGCGUGGGCUGGGCAAGCUAUUACUGGACGGCAUGAUGCAGGCCGUUGAAGGGCAGCAGUGCCAGAAUAUUCGUCUCAGCGUGAUCGAUUUGAACGAGGCGGCCACUAGGUGGUACCGCGUUCAAGGCUUCGUGAUGAUUGGUCUCGUUUGGGAGUAUGUCGGUCCGGCCGACAAUUCGCAUCUCGUUGCUUACCAGGUCAUGCAGAAAUACUCUGUUACCCCUCAAGAACCUGUGACAGAUCGUGCGACCUUCUUUCGGUCUGAGAUCAUUGGCGAGGUUGUGACCAUUACCUACCCAGAUGGCUCUGGUCCAUUUGACGUCACGAUCAGAGGCUGGAUAGAGGCGGACGAGCUGCACAUGGUCGACUCAAGGAGCCUUUCCGCUUGGAAGGGCAGCAGCUUCACCGAUCUCUUUGACUUCAACUUGGCUUUGAGAGAUGGCCGGGCCGCAUUUCACAGGAAGCUGUCACUUCUGUUGCGGGACGUCGAGAUGACCAAGGCUGUCGUCAGGCAGGCCAAGGAAAGAGAAAAGGAGUUGCGAGCUUCCAAAGUGAAGAAGGAGCAGCCAGCGCUAGUACUCUGA